AUGGAGACAGCCAACCGCACAUUGGUCACUGAAUUUGCCUUCCUGAGAUUUUCGAAUUCUCCACAUCUCCAGCUGCUCUUCUUCUCCCUCUUCCUCCUGGUCUACCUAUUGUCCCUGGUGAGUAAUGCACUCAUUGUGCUCAUUGUGGCCCUGGAUGGACGCCUCCAUACGCCCAUGUACUUCUUCAUCUGCAAUCUCUCCUUGGUAGAGCUCUGGUACACCACAGUCACUGUGCCCAAAAUGCUGGCCAAUUUUCUAUGUUCCCAAGGGGUCAUCUCAGUUCCCAGCUGCAUCACUCAGUACUACUUCUUCUUCUCUUUGGUUGCCACUGAGCUCUUUAUCCUCACCACCAUGGCCUUUGACCGUUAUGUUGCCAUCUGCCGACCACUCCAUUACCAAUUGCUGCUGAGCCCCCAAACGUGUGGUACUCUGGCUGGGGUCUGCUGGUCUGUAGGAUUCCUCUGUCCCAUGUUUCCCUCAUUCCUCCUUACACAAAUCUCCUUCUGCACCCCCAACCAGAUCAACCACUUCUUCUGUGAUGCUGAUCAGAUUUUUCGGCUUUCCUGA